AAAGCAGAGAAAAACGUAGAGUUGUACUUCGUAAUACGUAUAAGUCGUGGUCGUGACUGCGGAAUUGCGUUUUGAUAAGAGUACAUAAUAUAGAGUACACUGCUGCGGUAAAAAGAUUUAUAAUUGUAUUGUUAUAUUUCUUUAAAAAACAUUUUUGAGUUCUACUUUGAGCAAAAAAAUGUCGGAUCAUUUAAAUUAUUAUACUGUUGAUUCAUCUGAAAUACAUGUAAAUGAUUGUGAUCCGAAUGAUGGCAGUGAACCUGAAAGUAUUAUUACUAUUGAAGAAAAGAGUGGUGAUGAGCUUUUGAUAGAACUGUAUAGAGAACGUCCAUUUCUAUAUGAUAAAAGUAAUAACAAUUUUAAGGACAGCGCAAUGAAACAAAAUGCUUGGAGUGAAAUAUCAAAAAUAAUGAUCCAAACGAACUGUGGUGACAUUUAUACUCCUUCGUAUUGCCAAAAAAGAUGCAUAUCAUUGAGAGAGCAAUAUAACAGAGAGAAAAAAAAGAUGGAAAUUGAAUCAAGAAGUGGCAGUGGUGCUGCUAAAUCCUCCCGAUUUCCUUUUUUUAAGCAAUUAGAAUUUUUGGAUAACGUAAUUAAAAGACGAAAAAGCUACACAAACUGCACAAAAUCACAGUCGCAUACACUUGAAAAAAAUAACAUUUGUGAUGAAUCACAAAGUGUUGCAAAUGAAGAAUGUGUGAACACAGAAGAAAAUGAAAAUGACAAGGAGCACAUUUAUAAUACGAAGAAUUUUAAUAAAGAAAAUGAAGAACCAAAACAGAAGAAAAGAAAAAUUAAUGAAACUAAGGAAUUAGAACAAACAUUAUUUCAAAUGAGUCAAAAAAUUUAUAAUUACAUGGAAAAGAAAGAUAAAAUUCCGACAACGAAAGCAGAUGAUGCUUUCAUGGAAUUUAUUAAAAUUCAAUUUAGUAAUAUUUCAGAAAAGGAGAAAGAUACAAGAAGAAAAAUGGUAAUGGAUGCUCUAACUGCACCAUUAUCAGAGAAGUAAAUUUAUUUUGUUCAAAAAUUCUUUUUGUUUAAAAAAGAUUUUAUACUUUGUUUAAAAAUAUUUUAUAU